GAAAUGCCAAAUGAUUUAUUUCUUUAAAAGUAAUGCAGAGAACGACGUCCUUUUUACUUACUGUAAAGCGUUAUAUUGUAUAUUUAAGACCAGGAACCUCUGCUAUUUAUAUGCAUACGAAUAUGUUUACUCCCUGAUUCAAAGAAGGAACUGAAACUCAAGUCAAUGAGAUACCAUUUUGGAUUUUGGAUGAAGUCAUGUGCGCAUUUUGCCCUAAGAUGCCCUUGCUCUCUGAAAUGUCUUUACAUAGGGAGGAUCCCAUUUAAAUGAACUCCUUUUUAGUAUUGUGUUCCGUGUCAGAUUCAUGGCGUGCCACUCACAGGGUAAACACAAGGUCAAGAACGCCUGUUAUUAUCCUUGGGCUAUGAACAAUUAAUUUAGCUAUUUUUAUGUGCCUCGUUAAAGUGUUUUUCAAAAAAAAAAAAAAUGUCUCAGAUGUCAAUAAAAAAUUAUAAAGUGUGUUUGACAUUUAUUAAGCACAGAUACAACUACUCUAACUUCUCAUUUAUUGAUUCUGUUUCGCUUCCUGUUUUUUCCUUAACCCACAUCCGCCUGUGUUAGGAUUUUCAGCCUUUCUUCUAUUUAUUUUUGAUGUUAGCGUGGCAAGUGGCUCCAAUGUGACGAGAAAUGAUGGAGAUCCUACUGAGUCUCACUCUUGUGCCUUUCUCUAGCUCUGCUGCUCUCUAAAUAAUGAAUGGGACACGAAAAACAGCCACAUUUUUCUACCUCGGGAGACAUGGGGGAAUAAUGGCGGCAUGUGUUGCCUGUUUAAUGGGAUGAUACUAUCCUCAGGUCCCCCUCUGCUCACCCUCUGUUCACAAACAACACCUUCUCUCGUCUCUCACCUGUGCAUCUUACGCUGGGGUAAAAACAAACACUCAUCUAGUGCAAAAUAUGGAUCAUUCUGAGAAGGCCUGUCGUUACUGUGGCAUAAGUUAUUUGAUCCUGCAUGAGUUCCAGCACCUGCAGGAGCGUUUGCGGGAAGUCGAGAGAGAGCUGGAGCAGGAGAGAGGAAGUGUGGGGAGAGAGAGAACCUUAAGAGAGGAGCUCCAAGAAGCCUACACUCAUCUGGAGGAGCUGAAGACAUCUGUGCUUCAGCAGGAAGAAACCACGAGGGCCCUUGACCUGCAGCUGUGCGUGGUCACGCGUGAGAUGGAAAGCAUGAAGGCGGAGAAAAAAACAGCGAUUACAGAGCUGGAAAACGAGCGCACUUGCCGCCUGCAUCUUAGAUCAAGGUUUGUGCAGCAGCAGUGGCUUCUCAGGGAGGCUUUGGCCCUGCUGCAUUCGUCUCGAGGGGAGAUGACGACUGUUAAGAACCAGUUAACUCACUUCCUGGAGACCUGGGAGAACAGCAAAGCACUGAUACAGCAGAGUUGCAUCAGUGCUGAUGAAGAGUGUGCUCGUCUGAAGCAGCAAGUGGUCGGGUUGCAGGAGGAGCUGAAGAAGCUGCAGGUGGAGGUGCCAAACAUGAAGUCAUGUCUUGAUGCAGCUAAAGAACAGAUUCUGCAGUUGGACAACCAGGUUGAGACCCAGAAACUAUUGCAGAACCAAAACCAAGAAGCCCAGGUUCUCAUACAGGGCCUGAGGGAGGAGGUGAGGACUCUGAAAAUAGAUCUCCAGAACAGCAUGCAUGAACGAGAGCAUGUAAAGAAACUCCUGGAAAUAAAGUCCGCGGAGAAGGAGGAUCUACGAGUGUUGUGGAGCGAACAGACGGCCACCAUUGAGAGGCUAUCCCGAGACCUGAGGGAGAAGGAGGGGAACCGGUUGUCAUGUCAACAACGAUGCGAGUCCAUACAGGAACAGCUGUUGGCGUGGCAACAGAAAGAGGAGGAGGUGGCCCGGAGACUAGAACGGGCAGAGGGCGAGAUGAAGGACCUGAGAGUAGCCCGAUCCACUUUACUGCAGGAGAGGGAGGAACUGAGGAGAACUCAUGUGGGAGAAUUGGAGAGACUGGAGGAGAGCUUUAGAAUGAGGCUGAAAGCUGCAAAGGAGCAGAGUUCAAAGAUGGAGGCUUUUCUCCAGCAGAAACAGGCUGAGCAAGACAAACAGCUGAAACAGCAAGAGAUGGAGUUAAGAAAAGAAGCUGAUAUUGAACUAGACAUCGAAAGACAAAAAAACCUGGAGCUGAUUAACAAAUACCAGAGUGAAAAACAGCAACUACAAAACAAGAUUCCUGCUCUCAUUCAUUCAGCCGUGCAGGGGCUCCAGGAGGAGUUGGCAGUUCUGCAGGAACAGAUUAAAGAGCAGGAGAAAGAGAUGAAGCAGUUUUGUGAGAGCGCCUCCCAGAGGCAGCAUCAGCUCCUGGAAGAGCGGAGGACAGGAGAGGCACAGCUGCAGUCGGCCCUGCAGGAACUGCGGCAGAAGACACAGGAGUUAAACCAGGUUCAGAGUAACAUACAGCAGCUCAAAGAAGAGAGCGCCACCCUACAGGAAGAGAAGUCCUUUCUUGAAGAAACAGUGAGGCGUGAGUGUGAAGAGAGGGAAGAACUGACUGCAGCACUGACCAUGGCCAAAGAACAACUGCUGGAACUCAAACACUCCACCGCAAAACCAAAUGACACCCAGGCACACACCCAAAUUUCCAGAGUCAGACCUUCACUAAUGAACGCGGACCUCCCCUUCCCCAGACUAGAUCCCAGCCCUCCUCACACACGCAGCCAAAGAUCUUUGUCCACUCAGAGCACCAGACAGUGUUUGUCUGAGUCAAAUAAUUGUAGUGAGAGUAGAAGUUCGACAUCCUGGCAUGGAUCAUCACUGCAAACACCCAUCCUGCCCAAAAUCAGCAAAGAGAGAUUCACUUCAGUUAAUGACUUGUGCAAAAGCAUCAGUAUGGUGAGGGGCAGAAGGGACAAACUCUGAUUGCAUUAGAAAGUCCCCUACAUUGUGUACUCGUGUACUAGUUUUUUUCUAGGUCAGAGGUCACAGCAACACAAGGGAGAGGUGGAAAG